CAGCUCCCGGAAGAGCUUCCGUAUUCCUUUCCUCUUUGUCUCCUGUUGGUCGCGACUCGGAUUGCCUCCUCAGAUGCUGAAUUGACCCCCGAUAACUCACGCCGAACAGACAAGCUAGUCGACCGCAAUCAUGCUCUUCUUCAGUUUCUUCAAAACCCUCACCAACCAGACCGUCACCAUCGAGCUGAAAAACGACAUCCGCAUCCGCGGUACCCUCAAAUCAGUCGACCAAUACCUGAACAUCAAGCUCGACAAUGUCGAUGUCCUCGACCUGGACAAAUACCCACACCUGUCGUCGGUCAAGAACAUGUUCAUUCGGGGUAGUGUGGUGCGCUACGUGAUGUUGCCGCGGUCGGAGGUGGAUAUUGGAUUGUUGGAGGAUGCGACGAGGAGGGAAGCUGCGAACCAGGCCGGGAAGGCCAAAUAAGCACGAAGAAUGAGAGAGAGGACCUGAGCGACAGCGGGAGGAUUCGAAGCGGAAUUAGGAGGAUCUGGAUUGGUAUCGGUCCUCGAGAGGACGAGGACAUAACC